GUUGCAUAGAUAUUAAUAAACUAUCGAUCUCUACUGCAUUUAAGAAAGAUACUCAUCUCUGAUCCCUCGUUGUGAAUGGAGCAGCUAUUCGGUGGCCAUUAAUGGAAUUGUUUUGGUCAACGGACUGACAUGCCUUGCCGCCUCCUUUCUUAUCUUUUCCUCUCUAAAACACCCAUUUCAAGACCACUCCGCAUUGAAUUGAAUUGAAUGCCCAGACCAAUUCGCCUCCUCUCUGUUUUUCUUAUUCUAGACAGUUGUGUCGUCUUCUUAAAUGCCAAAACCACCCCCUCUUCCUCUUCUCCAUGCCAACCUGAUUUUAGCCACUAUUAUUAAGUGCGUAAUAUCACAGUAACUCGCUGAGAGUGAGUUUUCUUUGGUGAUCAGAGGGAAUUGUCAAAUGGGCAUUCCAAACCCAGUUUUUUCUGUGUUGCUGAUUGCUGUCGUGUUAGCAGUAGUAUCUUCAAGCGGAUAUGUAAGGUGCCAAAACACAAGCUCGACUUUGAGGGUUCUUUUGGAGGUGAAAAGAUCGUUUGUGUUGCAGUUGCAGGGAUGGUCGGAAAAGAACCCAAAUUACUGUUCAUGGCAGGGUGUCUCGUGCGAUGGUUCACUGAAAGUGGUGAGUCUGAAUCUUUCUGACUCGUCACUCGGCGGGUCGAUCUCACCCUCACUCGGUCUUCUAACUCACCUGCUCCACCUUGAUCUUUCUUCUAACCACCUCUCAGGACCCAUUCCACCUGCCCUCUCAAACCUUUCUUCCUUGGAAUCAUUGCUUCUGUUCUCUAACCGCCUUGUUGGCCCCAUUCCUUCCCAACUUGGUCUGCUUACCAAUCUCCAAGCCCUCAGAAUAGGGGACAAUGGCCUGACAGGCCAGAUUCCUACUUCUUUUGGGAAUCUUGGGAAUCUUGUUACUCUUGGAUUGGCUUCGUGUUACCUGAGUGGUCUGAUUCCUCCUCAACUUGGGAGACUUACCCAGCUUCAGAAUCUGAAUUUGCAGCAGAAUCUGCUGGAAGGCCCUUUGCCACCUGAGAUUGCCAACAUUUCUAGCCUCACUGCAUUUAGUGCUGCCCUGAACAGCCUUAAUGGCUCAAUCCCAAAAGAACUGGGAGGGCUUAAACAUCUCCACAUACUUAACCUUGCUAAUAACACUCUAACCGGGGAGAUUCCUGGCCAGCUUGGUGAAAUGAGUAGCUUGGUGUAUCUUAACCUGCUUGGCAAUCAGCUUGGAGGUUCAAUCCCAAAGUCCCUGGCGAAAUUGACCAAUCUUCAGAGCUUAGACUUGUCUGGAAAUAGGCUCGCCGGUGAACUCCCUGGAGAAUUUGGGAGUAUGGGUCAGCUGCAAUUCUUGGCUUUAACUAGCAACAAUCUCUCCGGCACCAUACCCAAAUCCCUGUGUUCCAAUGCCACCAAUCUGCAGCUCUUGAUGCUCUCGGAAACUGGGCUUUCCGGUGAGAUCCCGCCGGAGUUGAGCCAAUGCCGGGUGCUUCAGCAGCUCGAUUUGUCCAACAAUACUCUCAAUGGUUCCAUACCGGAAGAGCUUUAUGAGCUUACCCAAUUGACUGAUCUUGUCCUUAACAAUAACACCUUGGAGGGUACAAUUUCUCCCUCUGUAGCAAACCUUACCAAUCUCCAGACUUUGUCGCUGUUUCAUAACAAUCUUCAUGGGGAAGUGCCCAGGGAGAUUGGAAUGCUUGGGGAUCUUCAGAUUAUCUUUCUCUAUGAGAAUCACUUCUCCGGCGAGAUCCCCGUAGAGAUUGGCAACUGUUCCAGCUUGCAAUUCAUCGAUUUCUAUGGAAACCAGUUCACCGGAAAAAUCCCCAUCACCCUCGGGAGGCUAAAGCACCUGUUUUUCCUUCACCUAAGAGAGAAUGAUCUCUCCGGUGAGAUUCCGGCCAGCUUGGGAAACUGUCACCAAUUAGAUACUCUUGACUUGGCUGAUAAUCACCUUUCUGGCGCCAUUCCUGCAACUUUUGGAUAUCUUCGAGCUCUCACAAGGCUGAUGCUUUACAAUAAUUCUCUUGAAGGUGAUCUGCCAGAUGAUCUGAGAAAUCUUGGGAACCUGACAAGAAUCAAUCUUUCACAUAACAAUUUCUCUGGGAGUAUUGCUCCAAUCUGCACCUCACAUUCUUUCCUGUCGUUUGAUGUUACAAACAAUGCAUUUGAUCAAGAAAUUCCUUCCUUUCUUGGAAAUUCACCUUCUCUUGAUAGGCUAAGGUUGGGGAGCAACAGAUUCACUGGAAAAAUCCCAAUGACAUUGGGAUUAAUCCGUGAAUUAUCACUGUUAGAUCUCUCUGGAAAUAAGCUUAGUGGUUUUAUCCCUCCACAACUCUCACUUUGUAGGAAGCUCACCCAUCUUGAUCUCAAUAAUAAUCUUCUCUCUGGACCAAUCCCAGUUUGGCUUGGAAGGUUGCCUCUUUUGGGUGAACUUAAGCUCUCUUCUAAUCAGUUUUCUGGAUCUCUCCCUCCAGAGUUAUUCAACUGCUCCAAGCUUUUGGUUCUGUCACUAGAAAAUAAUUCAUUGAAUGGAACCCUUCCACCUGAAAUUGGGAACUUGAAGUCCCUCAAUGUUCUCAAUCUUGAUGAUAACCAGCUCUGUGGAUCAAUACCUUCAACCAUUGGUGGCUUGGGCAAGCUCUAUGAACUCCGUCUAUCACGAAACCGCUUUAGUGGUGAAAUUCCCAGGGAGGUUGGGCAACUCAAGGAUCUUCAAAGUGUCCUGGAUUUCAGUUACAAUAACCUCACUGGAGAAAUCCCACCCUCUAUUGGAACUCUCUCCAAGCUUGAAUCCCUUGAUCUGUCUCAUAAUGAUCUCACGGGGGAGAUUCCACCUCAAGUAGCUGAAAUGAGCAGCUUGGGCAGACUAAACCUGUCUUGCAACGAACUCGAAGGGGAAUUGGACAAGCGAUACGCACACUGGCCAGUCGAUUCAUUUGUUGGAAACUCGCAUCUUUGUGGAAGUCCUCUUGGAAGUUGCAGAGAUAAGGGGUCAAGAAAUAAGGGGUCAAUGGUGGUGGUAAUCUCGGCCCUAUCAGCUACGGUUGCAAUUAUUCUACUGUUAAUGGGAGCGGCCUUCUUUUUCAAACACAAUAGAGAAGCCUAUAGGAGGAGACGAGGCAAAGAGAACUACGCCUCCUCGUCUUCCAGCUCUUCCCAAGCACAGAGGAAACCACUCUUUGGAAAUGCUGCUAAAAAGCGAGAUAUCAGAUGGGAUGAUAUUAUGGAAGCCACAAACAAUCUAAGCGAUGAGUUCAUCAUCGGGUCCGGGGGGUGUGCCACUGUCUACAAAGCCGAGCUGUUUAAUGGAGAAACAGUAGCAAUCAAGAGAAUACCAAGAAAGGAUGAUCUCUUCCUAGAUAAAAGCUUCGCGAGAGAGAUUAAGACAUUGUGGAGGAUAAGGCAUAGGCAUUUGGUGAGGUUGAUGGGAUAUUGUAGCAAUAAAGGGGAAGGUUCAAAUGUGCUGAUUUACGAGUACAUGGAGAAUGGGAGUGUGUGGGAUUGGCUGCAUAACCAGCCCGCAAAUAACAAGAGCAAGAAGAGCCUCGAUUGGGAAGCAAGGCUGAAGAUAGCAAUGGGAUUAGCACAAGGAGUUGAAUACCUUCACCACGACUGUGUGCCUAAGAUCAUCCACCGAGAUAUCAAAUCCAGUAAUGUUCUGCUAGACUCAAACAUGGAAGCACAUCUAGGGGACUUCGGGCUAGCCAAAGCCCUUACAGAUAACUACGACUCAUUAAACACAGAAUCAAACACGUGGUUUGCUGGCUCUUAUGGCUACAUUGCACCAGAGUACGCUUACUCACUCAAGGCAACCGAGAAGAGCGACGUUUACAGCAUGGGGAUCGUGCUGAUGGAACUUGUGAGUGGAAGGAUGCCAACUGAUGGGAGUUUCGGGGAGCAUAUAGACAUGGUGAGAUGGGUCGAGUCAGGCAUCGAGAUCCAGGGAUCAGCCCAUGAGGAGCUAAUCGAUCCCACCCUGAAACCAUUGUUGCCCAACGAAGAAGCUGCUGCAUUCCAGAUGCUGGAGAUUGCACUGCAAUGCACAAAAACUGCUCCGGCUGAAAGGCCAUCUUCUCGUCAAGUGUGUGAUCUGCUGAUGCAUAUAUUUAAGGACAAGGCUGUUCAUUUUCAGAAGACAAGCACAGAUCCUUACCCAUAGUUUUUGAAUUAAGAGCAUAAACCUCUAUGAAUUGCAAAGUAGCCUAACAUAAUAUUGCUCAUCAAAUGAUUCAGACAUGUCUUGUAUAGCUCAUAGGUCUGUGGUCUUCAAGCAUCAAUAUAACUUGUAUUUUCUUCAAU